AAAGCUCUUGGCUAACCGGAGAACAAGUACACCUGUUGUGCCUCCCAAGCAGCUUGACAUCUGACUAUGCAUUUGGAUUUCCACACAGCUUGAGGACAAUUACUACAAAACCUAGGCUUCACCAUGGAGAAUAAAAUGAAGCAGAUUUUCAGACCCAAGAUGUACAUUGGAGAAGGAAGGAGAAGCACAGACACGGUAGUGGCAGAAAAUAUUACUGAUACAUCUGGCACAAUCAGGAGGAGCCAGUCUGAUAGGACAGAAUAUGGCAAAAAACUGAAAGAUAAAAUGGCCUCCCAAGACACACCAACUUCAUCCUGUCCAGCCCUUGAUCCACAGGAGAUUAAAAGUAAAAUGAUGGCUAAAAGAUUAAAAGUUAUUCAGGAGCUGCUUCAGACUGAGAAGGACUACCUCACUGACCUGGAGCUGUGCAUCAAGGAAGUUGUUGAGCCACUUAGAGACAUACAGGCUGUGGAAGUGGACCGACUCUUCAUAAAUAUUGAGUCUAUCAAGCAGGUUUCAGCUUCACUACUGGCUAACUUGGAAGAGGCUACAGCUGGAGUAGACCCAGAAAUUCAAAUUAUAGGCAAACCCUUCUCACAUGUCAAAGUAGAGAUGGAAGAAGCAUAUAAAAACUAUUGCUAUUACCAGGAUGAUGCAAAUAGUUUACUAAGCACCUAUGAAAAAGAUGAAGAAGUUAACCAGCAGUUCAUCAACUGUAUCAUGACCCUUAAGACAAUAUAUGAUCGUGAAGGCAAGUCAAAUUUGCUGAACAUGAGAUCCUUUAUGAUCAAACCAGUCCAGCGGGUGAUGAAAUACCCCCUGCUUUUACGAGAGCUUUGGAACUGCACUCCAGACAGCCAUCCAGAUAUCAGACCUUUGGAAGAAGCCCUGAAUGCUGUAAACAUAAUCAACAGCAACAUCAACGAAUUUAAAAGAGGAAAAGAUCUUGUGAUGAAGUACAAGAAAAAUGAAGAAGAAGGGAGACUGAGAAACAAAAUUAACAAGUUUAGCUUUCAUUCGCUCAGAAAGAAGUCAGACAGAGUGACUGGGCAUAUCAAACGCAUCACAGGAAAGGAACCUCAGAUCAAAGAUGAGAAAUUUGACAAAGAAGAGAAAGUGUUCAAGAAUAUUGAAAAAGCUGUUCGCCAGUUAACAAAGAAUGUCAGUGAUCUCCUCCAGGCUUUGGAAGGAAUUUCCACAGCAGCUCAAAAUGACCAGCAGCUUCAAAGCAUGCUGCUAGAUCCUGACAAAAGCGAGAGUGAAUGUCCUUUGGAUACAAGGAAUGGUAGCAAUCCAUAUCUACAUUUCAAAAACAAGCUGGAGCAUCUGGUUUUAAAACCCCUGUCAACGCUGCAGUUCAUGUUUGUAGCCCCUCAGAAGCUCAUUCAGAAGCGCUAUGACAAACUGCUUGACUAUGACAGCAGCCGAGAGCGGUCCUCAGAUGAACUGGAGCUAGCCCGCAGAGACUAUGAGGCACUUAAUGCUCAGCUUGUAGAGGGGCUGCAGGUGUUUAACCCAGCCUCCAAAAAAAUAUUAACCAACUGUAUUUAUUUCAUCGUUGCCCUCUUCCAGGAUCUCAUGAAUUCCACACAUCGGAAAUUUCCUUCAAUACAACAUUUGUCAGCGCCCUUAUCAAACAUCUCUGAAGUACAAAACAGCAUUAUGGAAGAACUUAAUAACCUGCUAUUUGUGAAGGAAAAUGCUCCAAAGUUAAUUGAGCGGAAGCUGAGUUUUGAUAAACCUAAAAGACCUGCGCCGGAGUCACCAAGACAGUCGGAGGCCCAACGGGUGAAGGUGCUAUCCACUUACCCCCUGGACAAAGUGCACCAGCUCAAACGCAAUUGCAACGCUACGCAGGAGAGGGACUUGAGUCUGUUCGAGGGAGAGCUGGUGGCAGUGAUAGAGCAGCAGGACCCCCUGGGGAGUACAAGCAGAUGGCUCGUUGAUACUGGCAGUGAAAAAGGCUAUGUCUACUCCUCAUUCCUAAAGCCGUAUAAUCCCAUAAAGGAGCAGAAUGGAAAUCCACAGGACAGACAAGUGGACUUUGAUGAUGUUAGCAUUUUCGUCAAUGGCAGCAAAAGGAACAGUAUGAAAAGCUUAAAUAGUUUUUCCUCAAUCAAUGAUAUACAAGACUGGACUGAGACAGAUGACAACGACAGCUCUGCCAGCACAGACGAUCAACAGGUAAUGAAGAGAUUUUCUACGCUGUCUACCCCUUUCAAGCUCGGUGUGAACAGGAGCUCAGUCUGCUGGAGUACCAACGGGUGCGGAUACUUAAGCUUUGUGAUGCAAGCGGCAAUCGAGAAUGGUGGCUGGCAGAGGCCAAUGGACAGAAGGGCUAUGUCCCUGCAAACUACCUUGGCAAGAUGUCAUACGCGUGACAUUUUGUCCAGGAACUGGAUUGUCAUACUGCCUAUACUUGAAAUUUCAUUUGUCAGAAGAGAUGUCUGCUGUACGGCGCACGCACUUGUCUGUCAACUGCAGUGUUUUCGGGAUUCCAUUUCCUCCUAUGUUGCACUUCUGCUGAUAUGUUUGUGAGGACGGUGAUAGAAAUGACCUUCACUUUGAUUAAGGCAGCUAAUAGUUCACUCACAUACAGAGCCAAAUCUAUGAAGUAAUUGAGAGAAUAUGAUUUUUUUAUUUAACUUAAUAAAGAUUUACUAAUAUAUUCCA